CGCGGGAAAUAUCAGCACGACCAUUCGUGCUCGAGACGAAACGCGGGCGGCACGCGGCGUGACGCGCUGUCUAUUUAUACUCGCAGUGUAGUGCCAUGUGCUGUUCGCCGGCUGACAGCUAAAUGUUGAUUAGCCAUCGCCAUGCCCGUCAGCCACAAGUGGAGGGAGUAUGGAGCCGCAUUCAGUGCGACCCUGAUAACGGCGGCGGCGGGGACGACGGUGGCGUGGACUUCCCCCACUAUCCCCAUCCUGACGGCGCCGGACUCCCCCAUCGCCACCACGCCCGACGAGAGCUCAUGGAUCGCCUCCAUGAUGAUACUGUUCUCAGCCAUAAGUCCGAUCCCUGCGGCGUACCUGGCUGACAGGAUUGGCAGGAAGAGGACUUUACUACUGUCCGCGAUCCCCUACAUCAUAGGCUGGAUCCUGGUGAUGCUGGCCAAGAACGUACCCACCAUAUACGCUGCAAGACUGUUCUCCGGGCUGGGCUAUGGGAUAGCCUACACCACGGCGCCCAUGUACCUUGGAGAGAUUGCGUCGAAUGAAGUCCGUGGUGCCAUGGCCACUCUCAUCACUGUUAUGUCCAAGCUCGGAAUCCUGUCUCAAUACUGCAUCGGACCCUACGUGUCCAUGUUGAACCUCGCCAGCUUCAACAUCACCAUACCGAUACUGUUCUUCGUCACAUUCAGCGCGAUGCCCGAAUCUCCCUACUAUUUCUUAAAGUCUAACCAGUCGAGUAAGGCCGAGCAGGCGCUAAAACGGCUGAGAGGGAAGGAUUUUAUCCCCGAGGAGUUGGACGGCAUGAGACACCUCGUCAACGAGAACAUGAGAGACACGAGCCAGUGGAAGGAUCUGUUUACCGUCGGCGGAAACAGGAGAGGACUCAUCAUCCUCCUGGGAAUCUACUUCACGCAGCAGUUCUGCGGAAGCACUGCCGUUAUCGCGUACGCGCAGCAAAUUUUCAAAGCCACCGACAGCGGCUUGGAUGAGAAAGGAGCUUGCAUCAUCGUCGGUGUCGUCCAGCUCAUUACGUCAGCUAUAUCCUGCCAGCUGGUGGAUAGACUGGGCAGGAAACCGCUCCUGAUAACGUCAGCCUGCGGGGUCGGGCUCGCCAACAUCAUAAUCGGCGCGUACUUCUUCAUGCAACACGAAAGCAGCGAGUACACGGUCGCCAUCAAGUUCAUUCCUAUUAUUGUGAUACCGAUAUUCAUAUUCUCGUAUACUAUUGGCCUAGCCACGGUGCCCUUCGCGAUCACCUCUGAGAUAUUCCCCACGAACAUCAAGUCGAAAGCGACGUGCGUUAUACAGAUAUUUGUAGCGCUCAUGACGUUCGCAGUGACGAAGUUGUACCAGGUGGUUGCGGACAACCUGGGCAACUACGUCGCCUUCUGGGGCUUCGGGGUGCUGUCGGUGGGAGGUGUGAUAUUCAUACUGUUGCUGUUGCCAGAAACGAAGGGCCAGUCCUUCGCCGCGAUACAGGAGAAGUUGUACAGCGAAAAAGUUGUUUACGAGAAACAAGAUGAGGGCAAAGUGAUGAUUAACUUAUAGUGAAUUUAACGCAGUAGUUUAUCUGUACUUAAUAUUUCCGUCCGUAACGUGUCAACAUUCCUCCGAAUGCAAACGUAACAGAUUUUUUUCCUAAUAUAAGAUCACCACGAACAACUCUCAUCUAAGAAAUUUGAUUUUGUACGAAUUUUACUAGAACAUUGCGCUAGCUAGAAAUUGUAAUAUUAUGUUGUGUAAGUUCACUUUAAAUUAGCCGUCGAAUUGAAAUAUCUAAAAUUAUUGCGGAGCAAAACAGUUUACUUACCUAAGCAUAAAAUUAUUUUCUAAGUCUUAACCGAAUUUAAAAAUAUCUUGAAUACGGAUUGAUGAUUGUUUUUUCUUAUGUUAUAUUUUAUAAAUUAUCCCUACAACUUACAAAAAAAUUAAUAGAGGUGAACGAAGCAAAAGUUAGAAACCUACCAGUCGUAUUGAAAGUUGGUAUUGUCUUCUAAACUAAGUACUCGUAUUACUGGAGGAACUUUUCGAAGCACCUCGGUAACUUUUACUGUGUCUUCAUCUUUAUGUCAGUUAAAUUUUGUGAUACAUUGUGAUGUUUACAGUAGUUGCAAUAUCAGUAUUUAGUUCUAAGAUUGUUUGUAUGUCUGUCUGUCAAGAUAUAAUAUAGUCGUGAAAAGAUAUAGCGUAAAACAAAUCAGAACACGGAUUGCCGGAAAAGAUAACAAUAGGAUUACUAUGCCUUUGUAAUUUUAUUUCAAUUUUAUAAGCCCUUAGAACCUUAGAAGCCAUUAAAAGUGACGCGGACGUUAUCUUGACUGACAAGGUUUGUUAGGUAAUUUGAAAAUAUUUAAUUACGAAAAGACUCAUGAUUACUUAAUUAUAUAUUUUAGACUAUCAUAAAGUUACUAGAAACCAAUCAUUUAGAAUCUCUGACAGGAUUUUC